ACUUAAACUUACACAGUCGAUCGUCAGUAGCCGCACACUUUCCAGCGCGGCAACAUGAUACUCGCAGCUAUUUAUUAUUUACUGCUGAUCGUACUUUACUUAUACAUAGCAUUAUGUCUGCUGACAUUAUUGGUGCUCCUCUACUAUAAGAUUCGAUUCGAACCUGUGAAAGGUGUGUGUAAGUCCAACGCAAGACUCGACGGGAAGAUCGCCCUAGUGACCGGGGGGAACCAGGGCAUCGGUCUGGAGACUGCGAGGGAGCUCGCAGCCCGGGGAGCCAGAGUAAUCAUCGCGUGCCGCGGCGCAGAGAAGGCGGCAGAAGCGAUACAGGACAUCGUGGCCACGACAGGGAACAAGCAAGUGGAGUAUAUGCCCCUAAAUCUCUCAAAAUUCAGCAGCAUCAGGCAGUUUGCUGCAGAUUUCAAUAACACAUAUGACCGGCUCGACAUCUUGGUAAACAACGCAGGUUGUGGUGGCGUUAAACCAAGAUAUACUGAGGAUGGAAUCAAUUUAGUGAUGCAAGUCAAUUAUUUUGGACCAUUCUUGCUCACGAAACUGCUGACAGAAAAGCUCAUUGCAAGCAAACCAAGCAGGAUUGUCAUAGUGUCGUCUAUAUUGCACUUCUAUGGCAACAUAAAUAUCGAUACACUAGACAAAAUAGUUGGACACAGCUUAAAAGCAAUGUUUUACAACUACAGCAACAGCAAACUGUGUGGCGUGUUGUGGGCCAAGGCGUUAGCUAAAAAACUGCCGGAAGAUAUAUCGGUGAACUCUCUACAUCCCGGUUUGGUCAGGACGAAUAUAUUCAACACACUGCCUCCCUGGUUCCUAAAAGUAUUCAUGUUUAUUUGUGAUGUACUGAACUUCAAGACGCCUAAAGAAGGAGCGCAGACAGUGGUCCACCUGUGUGUUGCUGACGAGGUGCAGAAUGUCCGAGGGAAGUAUUUCUCGGAAUGUUGCGAAGCGAAGUACAAAAGAGUAGUUAAAGACGAAGAUCUUGUGGACAGAGUUUGGAACAAGAGUGUAGAAGUUACUAGCUAGCUGGAUACCAUACCAGACCAGUCUUCCGGCCUUCACCAAAUGCGUGUCGUCCGUAUAAUUGAAACUAGUUUAUGUAUACGAGUAUGUUACCAUAAUCGUGAAGGACGAUUUUGAAUCAUGAUCGUAAUAACUAAGUUGUUGCAGUCAUCUAUAUUGUGAUCUAUGUAGUUUACAAGUUAUUAAAUGUUAUACCUA